AUGUAUGAGCCGCUCUACCUCGCAUUUGACGCCUACCCUGCUGUGGUUCCCCGUGUGAGGGUGCGAGGCGUCAUGGCUCUCUUCCUUGCGGUCUCGAUUCUAUGGGCCCUGAUCUGGCUCCUCUACCGUGCGUGGCAGGUUUGUCAGACCUCCAAUGAGGUUCUGGUGGAGAAAUUGGGUCUCGACAUCCCGCCGCCGCCGGAAGUGACCCUUGAGGAGAUUACGGCCCGUGAGAUUCGUAUUGCCUGGAAGCAGCCGGAUUUUCAUAACUCAAUACACAAGCACAUAAUUCAAGUGAACAAUGUCAAAGUGGGCGAGUCGAAACGAGUCGAAACAGCGGUGGAAAUUCUGAAUCUCGUCCCCGGAAGCAUAUACCAUAUUUGCGUCCUUUCUGUUAGCGCGGCAAAUUUCCAAACGCCGAGUGCCAUCCUUCAUGUUCGAACGAAAUCUCUUCCUCUUUCCCGAGCCCAACAAGAUGCCACCGCUAGUGGCCCGACUAUUCGAGCGUCGAUCCCGAGAUCCACGGCCGGCCUGCCGACACCCUCCGCCCCAGUCAUGUCGCGCGAGCACAGUGCCGGUCAACUGGCUGGCAAGCGACCGUCUGCAGGUCGCAAGUUAUCACCUGCCACUGGAGUGACAGACCAUGCGCACAGCCAUUCCGAUGAAUCACAAAAGCGCAUCAGCAAGGAUGAUCGCGAACAAAGUCUGGAGUACCUAGCGGAUCGCCUCAAAUCGUUACAGCAAGAAAACGAUAACCAGGAGAAACAAGCAAUCGAGGAGGAAGAGGAGCAUAUUGCACUGCUGAAGGAUCUCGAGAAGCAACGUGAUGAUCUGAAAAAGCGUGUCAGGGAGAAGGACGAAGUAAGCGGUGAUCUGAAGAAGCACGUUUCAAAGUUGGAAAGUGUCAACCGCACUGUGCAGAGUGAGAAAACCAAACGCAUGAGACUUCUUCAGCAGAAGGAAGCCGAACGCAAAAAACGCAAGACGGACAUCCUUCGGUGGCAGGAAAAGAUCGCUCGCAUGGCCAACGAUGCUGCACAGACCAAGGAAGACAAGGCACGAUUGGAGGAAGAUACCGAGUCUCGCGCCGAAGAGGUUCGGAAGAAGAUCGCCAAGGAGCAAUCAGAGAUGAAAAUCAUCGACGACGAAAUCCAAGACAAAGGCGGGCGGAUCAAGAAACUUGAGGACGAAAGAAAGGGACUUCAGGGUGGUGAGAGUGAGGAUGGCAAUGAACUUGAUCGUAUCGACAACGAGCGCGCUCGCCAGUGGGAACUGAAGCUGAACACACUGCACGCUCGGUAUGCGACCCUCGUCAACCUCCAUGCGCAAGCUCAGCAGCAGUAUCAAGAAGCCCAGGAACGGCUGAAGUGGCUUACCUCCCAGCGACCUGGCAGUUCAGGACCAUUCUCCCUGCCGGCAUUGGACCUGGAUAUGUCCAACAAUGCUACUAUCCGACCUCGUCGCCAUCGCAGCUCAUUGACGAGUAACGUGUCUUCCCCCGUGAACUUCCCCGGCGUUGAGCCAGCAUUCCCUGGUGGAAUCAACUACAACCCGCCCUCAACUAAUUCGCCGACUUGCCCUCCAAGCUCAUUUUUCAACAUUAACAAUGGAAUGACCCUCCCCGGCCUCUCCGAUCCUCCUGAGAUCAUGCGUUCUGACAUGGAGACGUCUUUCAAUAACCCCCAAAUGAGUCCUCGUGCCGAUGCCUUGUUGCCAUCUGACCUUCUCGGCGAUGAGGAGUCACCGGAAUUCGCAGGCCCCAUCACCCGUCCACGGUUCUCAUCAAUGGAGACAUCGACUAAUCCUUUGGACAGCUUUAUCCAUGGGCCAGUCUCGCCGGUCUCUUCGGGGAGCAGACCUGGCAGCAUAUUUGCCAGUCCUCUUGAAACUCAUCACCGACACGAUUCAGAUUCGCAACCAACACACUUGUCAGCUGAGGCUCCAAAGAGUGCAUCCAGGAGGCUCUCUGGUCUGUUCGGAUUCCAUCGACCUCGUGGGAAAACACUGGCCGAUGCGCCACCCAUGCUGGGCACUUUGAAACCAGGACAGAGCCAGUCCUUCCCGCGCAAUGUGGAUGAGCUGGAUCCAAUCGGCUCGCGUCGCCGGAGAUUGAGUUACACAGGCAACUGGGCCAAUCCGAUGUCCUUGUUUCCUCGAAGCAAUACGUCUGACGUGACUACGGACAGCUCUUCUGAUCACCCACCGUCCCGACGAGCUGCGUUGUCAAGUAUCUUUUCGUCCAGCAAAUUCGGGUUUGGCAGCGCCGGCGGCCGAGGGGCUACCGAGAUGAACUCGGGAUACAAUCAAUUUAGCCCGCGCCAUGAUCCAAUUGAUCCAGCGUCUCUUCUUGGCGGUGUUCGACGUGGCUCUUUGUCGCCUCGGCCUUCAUCGACUUUUUCAUUCGAUAACCAGAACCAUCUGCCUCAUCCCUCCACGGACAACCGUCACUUUGGGUGGCCGUCGGCAGAGCAAAUGCAAAUGGGGCAUCGCAAUAGUCCGCUUGGGUUAGACUGGGCCUCACCGACCACAUGGUCUAGGGCACCGUCCCGACGCCCUUCGAUCCAAUAUGGGUCGUCUGGCCACCUCCCUUUGGGAUUGACCGGCGAACCGGAUUUUGUCGAGGACUUGUAUGAUCGCCAUCAUCGGCCGCUUCAGGCCCCGAUCGGUACCCGUCCGUCGUCAUCUCAUCGACCGGUCACUCCGAAUCCCAAGCUCAACCCGGCAGCCCCUACAUUCAGGACCAUCUUUACGGGCAAGAAGUCAGACAAGGGCAAAGAUAAGGACAAGGAUUCCGACGUCUCAUUUGAUCUUCACGGUGACGAUGUGUCUCCAUCCGAACCUCGUACAUCCCGCGAUUCGCGCUCCCUAUCUCACUUCCCCGGCGAUUCGUAUGAAUCCUUGGAGCGCAUGCCAUCUGGCAUCUCCGUGGACGCUGCAUCGAAGGAAUCGUUCAUUCGCAAGAUCACCCGCAAAGGUAGCUCCAGCAAGUUCAGUUCCUGGAAAGACCGCUCGGGACUAUUCUCGAAGAAGGGCGACUCCUCUCAAGGUGAUAUUGAUGAGGAUGAAGCCCAGCUGGGCAAGAGUGUCGACAGCACCGUCUCCAGCGUGCCGUCAGCAGACCGGUCAACCCGUAGCAGCCUUGGGUUCUUUUCUCGCAAGUCGCGAAGAUCAGACAAAGCUAGUGAGACCAGUGAGCUGACGAGUGAAGUCGGCGAUGAAGAGAUCCCGGGGGUUGCUGAAGCAUGA